AUGACGACCGACUUUGCGCUGGACCGUGCUACGUUGCAGCGCUACGAUAAAAUGCUGGAGUCGUGGCAAACAAUACAGCAGAAUGUGGACAGCAAUCUCCGAGCUUUGGUCAUCCUUCUGGACAAGUUCCUGCUAUUCGUCGGCGCCGAUGAUGUUGAGCUCGAUGAGCAAGACAGCAUGGUAGACAGGCUCAUAAAUAGCUACGCUGACCGUAUAGACAAGACAACGGAGGUGCCGGUCGCCUACCAUGAGGCCAUGGAUAGGCUGGCCGCGGUCGCUGCCGCCUCCCAAAACGACGUCAGCGCCGCAUCUCCGCUCGUCGCAAACAUCAAGGCCAACCUACCCGGCGCAAUACCGUUGUUCCUGCAACGGCAAAGCGACAAGAUGCUGCAGAUUAUGUCCGAAAUAAGUACAGAGUGCAGCACGUUCCAGGCAGGUACCCUGCCGAAGAUGGAGCUUGUCUUCGACGCCGCGGUCGUACACAUUAACCGCAACUCGACCUAUCUACAACUACCAGCAGAAACGGCGGUCGUAGCAGAUAGCGUUUAUCGCAGCUUCAUGGAAAUCACUCAAGAAAUUCAGGCGCUCCGCGACCUGGUCGCCUCCAUGGAUGCAUACCCAGUCAGCCAGCAGCAGAUACAGGGUUAUAUAGAGCAGAUAAAUGCCUUCAAAUUGGCUUCUAUAGGCGAAUAUCGCAAAAUAAUUGUCGACGAUUAG